AUGUUGCUUUAUAGCAACCUUUUGGAAGGUCUGGAUUUGCCCAGUGAUCAGCGACUUCCCCAAAUUCAUGCUGUUCAUUCUACCCCAGCUCCUACAGUUGCCAAGAUUGACAUAAUGUAUGUGAUGGGACUUUUUGACCUUGAGUCCCUGUGGAAUCCUGAUCAUGAUCUAAAUGCAGUUUCAACAUCCGCCUAUGCAUCUCCAGCAAGAAGUUUAGGAGAUCCAGGAAUCACACCCUUGUCUCCUUCCCACAUUGCGAAGGACUCAGAUGCAAACGAUGCCGAGGAGCAGACAUUUCUUGUUGUGGUGGCUAUUGACUUUGGCACAACUUCCAGUGGUUACGCUUACAGCUUCACCAAGGAACCCGAAUGUAUUCAUGUAAUGAGGCGAUGGGAAGGAGGAGAUCCUGGUGUGGCCAACCAGAAGACACCAACAACUAUUCUCUUGACCCCAGAACGAAAGUUCCAUAGUUUUGGUUAUGCGGCUAGAGAUUUCUAUCAUGACCUAGAUCCUAACGAAUCAAAACACUGGCUCUAUUUUGAAAAAUUUAAGAUGAAGCUCCACACAACCAGUAAUCUCAAUCUGGAAACUGACUUGUCAGCAGCAAAUGGCAAGAAAGUCAAGGCCCUUGAAAUAUUUGCAUAUGCUCUGCAGUACUUUAAGGAACAAGCAUUAAAGGAACUGAGUGAUCAAGCUGGGUCAGAGUUUGAAAAUUCUGAUGUGCGAUGGGUCAUCACAGUGCCUGCUAUCUGGAAGCAGCCUGCAAAGCAGUUUAUGAGGGAAGCUGCCUACAAGGCAGGCAUGGCGUCCCCAGAGAUUUCUGAACAACUGAUAAUCGCCUUGGAACCGGAAGCUGCAUCAAUUUAUUGCAGGAAGCUCCGCCUUCAUCAGAUGAUAGACCUAAGCAGCAGAGCUCCUGUCAACGGCUACACUCCCAGUGAAACUAUUGCCUCGGGUUUUACACCAGCAAAAGAACACAUUCGACGAAAUCGACAGAGCCGAACCUUUUUGGUUGAAAACGUCAUAGGAGAAAUCUGGUCCGAGUUGGAGGAAGGUGACCGUUACAUAGUUGUGGAUGGGGGAGGAGGAACAGUUGACGUGACUGUGCACCAGAUCAGGUUACCGGAAGGACACCUGAAGGAACUAUACAAGGCAACAGGAGGGCCAUAUGGCUCUUUAGGUGUAGACUAUGAAUUUGAAAAACUUCUGUGCAAAAUAUUUGGUGAAGAUUUUAUUGAACAAUUUAAAAUCAAGCGACCUGCUGCCUGGGUUGAUCUGAUGAUAGCAUUUGAGUCUCGGAAGAGAGCAGCAGCUCCAGAUCGGACAAAUCCACUGAAUAUCACCCUGCCUUUUUCUUUCAUUGACUACUAUAAGAAGUUUCGAGGUCACAGCGUAGAACAUGCCUUAAGGAAAAGCAAUGUGGAUUUUGUGAAGUGGUCCUCCCAAGGAAUGCUGAGAAUGAGUCCUGAUGCAAUGAAUGCCCUCUUCAAACCUACAAUUGACCACAUUAUAGAACAUCUCAGUGAGAUUUUUGACAAACCUGAACUGACAAAUGUAAAGUUUCUAUUCCUUGUGGGUGGAUUUGCAGAAGCCCCACUUCUACAACAAGCUGUCCAGAAUUCUUUUGGCUCAAAAUGCCGAAUCAUCAUCCCUCAAGAUGUGGGGCUCACCAUCCUCAAAGGAGCAGUCCUCUUUGGUCUGGAUCCUGCUGUCAUUAAAGUGCGUCGUUCCCCCUUGACCUAUGGAGUGGGAGUCCUGAAUCGCUACGUGGAAGGGAAGCACCCUACUGAAAAGUUGCUACUUAAAGAUGGCACCCGUUGGUGCACCGACGUCUUUGACAAGUUCAUAUCGGCUGACCAGUCCGUGGCACUUGGGGAGACCGUGUCCCGCAGCUAUACCCCUGCCAAGCCUUCUCAGCUGGUCAUUGUGAUCAACAUCUACAGCUCGGAACACGAUAAUGUGAAUUUCAUCACUGAGCCUGGAGUGAGGAAGUGUGGCACGCUGCGCUUGGAUCUCACAGGAAGUGACAAAUCUGUGCCAGGCCGGAGGGAAAUCAAAACGCUAAUGCAGUUUGGAGACACUGAGAUUAAAGCCAUGGCAAUUGAUGUUGCCACUUCUAAAAGUGUAAAAGCUGGCAUUGAUUUUCUAAACUACUGAUUUUCUUUUCUUUUCCAUGACCCUCACCACCUAUUGUUUCCAUGUUCUGUUCACUGGCUGCCAAAAACAUCCUGAAUUUUGGCUAGAUAGAUAAAGCAUAGAAGAAGAAAGCAUCAGGAUUUUUAAUUAUUAUUUUUUGCUUUUCAAAUUACCAAUAUGGAGUCUGAACAUAGAGUUAUCAGGUGCUACAUAGUAAAGUGAACAACUCAAAUAUGUAAUGAAAAUUAAGCGCUGAAAUAUUACUUCUCUAUUUAUUUGGGAGACAUGUUGCUUUACUUGAUGUCUUUCAUAUGUUCUGAAUUCUAGGGCCUAAUAAUCAAACCUGUUAUUUCUACAUUUAGGGUACCAACUAAUGUACUUUUUUUUUGAAGCAGUAAAAGUGAAAUUUAUAACCAUGAUUUGUGGUUAUCCAUUUCACAGUAGAAAUACGUUUUCAGCUAUUUUAAAAGAUAACCUCUCUUAUUUAUAUGAUGGAGUAGGAAUACUGGAAUUUAAGCAUGUAAAAUUGCAAAUGAACAGGUUUAGAAAUUGAGUCUUUGUAGCACAAAACUGUUGUUUGUUUAUAGGAUCAAAUGACUUGUUGGUUUGGUGGGGGUUUGCUUCUAUUUUAAGUUAGUAAACCUGUUAGAGUUGCAAUCUUAUUAAAGAAAUGAUCCAGUAGUAACAUUUGUGGGAAAUGCUGAAGCAACAAGUAUACUUAAUGUCUAGAUAAUGCCAACAAGGAUUAGAACAUUAUUUUAGGAAAGGAAUUCCUCCCCCUGUGGAGAGAAGUGACAUUGCACCUGAAUAAUUGGCCAUUUAUAGUUUAAAAAGCACUAAAUGUUCUGUCCAAUUAAUUAACACCAACUUCAAUUUUGCAACACUGAUGCUUGCAUUUCCCUCUUUUUCAAUAUUGAAUAAAGAACUUCCCAAAGAUUAAACCAAUUCUGUAAAUGAGAAAGUGUUCCCACUUUCCAUUUUACUGUUGGCAACCUCUGGCUUUAUUUAUCUAUACCUCUUGCCAGCCAGUUCUUGUACAAAACAAACAAAGGGGGUGUGGUAGCAAUAGUUAACCAGAGAUCAUCUCUAUCCUCAGGUUGUAGAGCGAAAGGAUCCAUUUUCAUUGUCUUUUUCAGCCAUGCCAAACAAAGGAAUAACUUCCUGUGUUGAUCCUAGAGAGUGGUAUCUCAUACAAGAAAAGUGAUAACAUUUUCCUGGGGCCAACUUAAUUAUUUGAUAAUAAGUAAUUUAUAUAAAUAUAAAUUGCUAUAGAAGUUACUCAACAUUUCAUUAAGGAAAAAAAAUUAAAUUCACAACUAGGUACGUUGUCUGUUAUUUACCAAUUCCUGCAGAAUCAGAUGUUCUCCCUAUAUCUCCCCUUUGGAAUAACUGCAUAAACCAGGGGUGUCAAACUUCCUCGCAUCGCGGGCCGUAUCAUAGUCUAUCACAAUGUUUUUGCCUUUGCGGAGCGGGGGUGGGUGUGACCUGUGUGGGCUGUAUCUGACCCGCAGGCCGCCAGUUUGACAGGCCUGGCAUAAACAGAUGCUCAAGAAGUUGAAUGUUCCUUGAAAGAAAUGUACUGUCUUCAGUUUAGCUCCUUGUGAGCUUCUUCCAUUCUGUGACCAAUAACCUGACUUCAGCAAAAGUAGGAAAAAUAGGAAAAGUAACUUCUUGGCAGAGGAAAAAACAACAACGCUGCAAAUAAGUAAUUGAGCAGUGUUGUUUCUGACCAGAAGAGGGAGUACAGACAUUAUUUCUGAGAUCACUUAAAUGGCUUCCAAGGGACACAACAAUACUUUACAUUCAACGUGAAUGAAGUUUUAACGGACUUAUAUCCAAGAAGGGAGAAUGAAACCUCAAUCUUCACAUAGAAACUAACUAAAACUCUAGUGCCCUCUUGUCCAAGAUGGUGUCAUCCAGUAGUGUUGGCCUGUAAAUCCCAGAAUUCCCAGACAGGAUAACCAGCAACCAUGUUGUAUAGGAAUUCUGGAAACUACAAUGUCAAAACUCCGUAAAAGCACUAUAUUUGGAAGAACCCUAGCAACGGGGCUGCCUCUGCUCAGUCUGUCUAAAACUGCCUAUGCCAUGGAAAAAUCUCUGAUGUGACUACAGAUGAGUUGAUGAAACUACACUGCCAGCCUAGUGUGUCUUUCCAGGCUAACAACUUACAAUAUGAAGGCUGCUUCCAGUUGAGUACUACAAUUCAGGGCUUGAUAGGUAGCUAAUCCCAACAUGUUGGGUUUGAGGCCAAAUUCAUGACAGCAGAAGGGUCUGUUUUGUCAGCUGGAAGCUGACACUUUCCUCCCCCCCCCCCAAAUACCACUGAGAAAACACAUUGUCAUCCACUGAAAUCCAUUAUGCUUUCAAGAUGUCUGAAAGCUAAUUGUUUAGCUGGAUCUUUUUUCCUAUUAGCUAUGCAUGAACGAAAAGCCAUAGAAUUGUUUUCCUUUUUUCCCCCUCUCAAAAAUCUCAGAUUUCUUAUUAAACACAUAAUUUGGGGACAAACUGCAUCACACAAACAUUUUGAUUUUCUAGGAAGAAUUUAAAGGUCCCUUUGCAUUAUGUGCUAUAAAUAAUAUUGCCUGAUAGAAUGAGAAUAAGCUUUGAUUUACUAUCAGAGGAAUAGAUUGGGUCAUUAUAAUUACAGCAUCUAAACUUGUUCCUCCAAUAAUUAUUCCCCUGGAAUAAUUAUAAAGUAUGCAUGCUGGCAUUUCUUCUUUCAUCCUGACUGCUGUGUUUUUAAAAGGCAUUUUUUCCCCCUGUAUGAGUGAGUGAAUGCCUUUCUGUAGCUUUCAAACAAGCAACUUCCUUGGAAUGAGCUAUGAACAAGAAUUAUUUGAUGUAUAUACAAUAUUUAAAUAUUGUACAGAUGUUUUCUUUCUGAAAGUGGUAUUUUCUUGUACAGAAUGAUCUUUAUCCCUGUUGAUUUGCAUCCGUGUUUAAUUUUAAAUAAUAUAGUUUCUUCCGUGACUUCAGUAAUUACAGGCUUUUAAAGAUGACAAGAGAUGUAAUGCACAAAGAUGAUCUUAUAAUAAGGGGAGUGGAAUGUCAGGAUGUCAGACAGUACCACAUUAUUCUCCAUGCUAUGCAAAUAAUAGCUUACAGACACAGUGCUGGAUUUUUCAUUAUUUUUGCUUUAACAGGUACAGGCUGCCUUAAUGCUAUGCAUCUGUGCUCUGCUUUGGAUAAUACCUGCUCUAUAUAGAAAGUAGAUGAUCAGUUACCACAUUUUCACACCAAAUGAACUCCAGUUUCAAGGCAUACAUUUUAUUUUAAUUAUGUCUCUUCUGCUAGACAAAAACUGUACCACAAUGAAGCAUCCUGAGCUACAUCAUCAUAACCUAACCCUGAGUCUUUUGAGAGUGGGCGGCAUACAAAUUAAUUAAAUAAAUCUGAAAGAAAGGGCCCCCAGCAAUGGCAGAUGAGUUGAAGUUACUACAGGCCUGUACCAUCCUCUGAUUAUAGAACAUAUAUCUAGCUAAGUCAGGAAUUGGCUCAAUACAAAAUCACACUUUGGAUGCUUUAAUGCCUGGAUAAGCCUUGAAUGAGCGUUUCUCAACCUUGGCAAGUUUAUGACUGGUGGACUUCCAUUGCCCAGAAUUCCCCAAGUAUCAAGCAUGGGGAUUGAAAUCCAUCCCUCAUAAACUUGCUGAGAAAUGCUGCAAUAGACCAAUGGUACUUUUUCUGUAUUAUGAAAUCUAUAUCCCAAAUUGUGGAAACACAAUUGUUGACUGAGUCGCACAAUCUUACUGUAAGACUACAUUUCAUUUUUUACCCAACUCCCAUGACUAUCUGCUUGCUACAUCAUCAUAACCUCAAUAGAAUGCUGGCUUAUGACUUAGAAUUAACAUCAAGGGCAGAAAUGAUUAAAAAGUGCCACAAAACAAGAAAGUGCUUGCUGUUCAAUUACUGUGGCUUUAAAAGUCAUAUUAACUUUCAUCGGUGAGUCUUUGAAGCUCACACAUAUACACACACACAAGCUGAAAAGGUCAGACUACUUCAAGCAAUAGCAAAAAAAAAAAAGGCACCAGCAGGAGGUAUGAAACAUUUAUUUCCUUUUCAACUUACCCUCUUAAAUAAUGGAGAUACAAAUUUUAACCCAAUACUGCACCUCAGAAAUAAGCCCCGACCUCAGCAGGGUUUACUCCUGGGGAAAUGGGUUUAGAACUACAGUGCUAAAUGACUUAUAUCAGAAAAACUGGAUGCAACUAAUUUCCAUCAGCCUACUUCAGAGCAGGUUUGUUGCAGGAAGGAAAAUGUUAGGGAUGUCUAAGCUAUCAGCACUUUCCCCCUCAAACUGUUGAAUUGUCAGCUUGUGUGAGGAAGAUACUUUUCCAACAUUUCUGCAAAUUUCAGUCACUAGAUCCUUUAUAAUAUUCUUGCUUAGUCUUUUCUUUCUUCGCACUUUGCUGUAUUGUUCUGACUUUUAAGGAAGGCUAAUUAGAAUCACUUUCCAAUCUGAAUUGAUUUUGAAAGCCAUAGGUUAAUCCACUUUUAACAAAUUCAUUCCCCUUUUUACCUAGCAAACCAAAUUUUAAAAUGGUUUCCUGCAAACCCCCUCCCCCCACUCCCAGCAUAUAUUUAUUGAAGUAUCCUCAUUGGAUUUUAAGCUACUUUUCAAUGGGUUAUAUUUCUGGUACAGAAAGCUUGAUAGGAGCAAGGUUUAUUUUUGUUAUAAACUUUUAUUUUCCCUAAGCAAAAGUGCAUGCGUAGCAAGCAUCUGUACUCCUGUUUUCAUCAAUCAAGCUAUCAACAAAUUAGCUACUAUUCCUGGUCCAAAGUACUAUAUUCCUCCAUUAUUGAGAAGCCACACACUCGCGAUGCAAGGUGUUAACGUCUAGCGAGAGGUCAGAGGUCCUUAAAUUUCUGCAUAAAGAUUUGUUCCUUUUUAAAAAAUGAAUUACAAUAAUAUUAAAAGUUAACCAGUUGUUUAGCCGUGCAGAGCUUACAUGAGAAUAUUGCCUUUGGAUGGAGAGACAUGUAAGUUUCUGAAUUGAUUAAUGCCUCAAUGUGCUUUGUUUCAUAUGCCUGCAGCCAAUGAAGGGAGAUAACUCGUGGAGGGCUGCUAUGCUUGCAAAAUAUAUAGUAUAACCAACAAACCACUUCAGCUAUAAUCCUGCCACGGAAGUACAAAUAUAUUGGCUGAUUUGCUCUUUUGGGGCUUGUGCUACUUUUAGUUACAUAUAUAUAUAAAGCUUUCAACAGUUUUUAGACUAUAUAUACACAUGGCUACACACAAAUAUAGAAUGCCACUGAUAUGAGAUUCAGGUUUUUGGAAAAUAUUUUUCCUCCCUGCUGUCAACUCCGCCCUAAACAGCAUAAUUUUGCUGUUCUCUCUGCCACUCAGGUUCCACCCUCCCCUUCCUAAAAUAAUAGUGGAAAUAGGAUAGAUGUUUAAUGGAACAGUUUAGAAAUAGAAUAUGUAAUGCUGUGACAACUUCAGGCUUUAUUAUGAAGCACUAGGUUACACUUAAAUGGUAAAUAAAUAGGUAGAAUUUAUUCUGUCUUAAGUUGGUAGAAACAAUCAAAAUGGGAGUAGGAAACUAAAGUUUCCACAAAUUAUAAACUGUAUCUACCCAUCAGCUGGUUUCUUGCAAAUGGGCAAGAUGUUGACUGUGUGAAGAGACACAGGUUCAACUCCACUCUUAGCCACAGAAAUGAGUUCAGUACCUUUGGACUAAAUGCUUUCUCACAGCCCAGCUGAUCUCAUGGAGUUGUUGUCAGGAAGGAGAAAAACUGAGUCUUAAGUGCACCAUUUUGAGUUCCUGGAGAAAAGGCAGGAUAUAAGAAGAAACAGAUAAAUGGAGUUAUUUAGUAAAAUAAUUUAGUAAAAAUGUUGUAAAAAGAAAGUUUCUUCCACUGAUAAAAUCUUCACGCUGAGCCGCAACAUUUCUCUGCUUUCAGUAGAAGUUUCUGUUAGGGCAAAAUCUUAGGAAAUCUGGAAACUAGAGAUCUUGUCAAUCAAAUCUGGGCUUGCUAAGAGAGAUCUCAACUAUUUGGAUAAGCAAAUAUAUCAAUAUGUUACAAGAUCUACUUUUCAAACAAUGGUUGUGUAAUUAUUAUAGCAAAUUGCAAUAUUUAUGGGGAAGAAAUCCAGGGUACUUUUGUGUAGAUUGUGGAGCACAAAGCCAAUGUAUACAUCUAUGCUUGGAUAGCUUCUAAAAGUUUGUAAAAACAAUGGCCCCCGUGAUUUCAUUGACUGCCUUCCCUGGUUCCAGAUUCUUAAACACCACUAAAUUCUGAAGAUUACAGCUUGUUACAUUUACAUCUGAGAAAGCUGCUGUUCGAAAUUUCAA